CUAUGUUAAUCAUAUUCAUAUCUCUCGUCCCGUUUUGUACACAAUUUUUUUAUUCUUUAAAAGUCUUCUUCUAUCUCCUGGUAGAGAGAAUACGAAGAGUUAUUAUACUCUGAUCAUUUUAACGCCAAGAACGUGUUUUUGUGUUUAAUGCCCACAAGCAGAUUUCUAUAUUGAAUAUUUUUUAUAAGGAAGUGUCACCUCUCGCUUUAUUGUGGCCAUGGGUCUUGAAGUUGGCUCCUUUAGCCGCUUGACAUCAAGAAACAACAGUUUCAAGAGUCCUACUAUGGAACGUUCGUUGAGUUUCAACAGCUGGGAGAUUCCUAAAGAGACCAAGACUGAGACAAGUUUUGAGGUUUUGGAGACAAAAAAGUCAGCUCACAACACUUUGAACGGAAGAAACUGUGAGAGUCUCCAGAUAAAGAAACCCACAGUAACUCCACCUGAGCCUUUUGUGUUCUUCUCCCCUAGACCGGUCACCGAGCUUGAUGCAGCUGCAACUACGCUACAAAAAGUAUACAAGAGUUACAGGACGAGAAGGAACUUGGCAGAUUGUGCUGUCCUCGUUGAGGAGCUCUGGUGGAAGACUCUUGAUGGUGCAGCUCUGGACCUGAGCUCCGUGUCUUUCUUUAAAGAAGAGAAACACGAACCGGCUGUUUCGAAAUGGACACGAGCUAGAAAACGAGCCGCUAAGGUUGGGAAAGGCUUGUCAAAAGAUGAGAAGGCUCAGAAGUUAGCUCUUCAGCAUUGGCUUGAAGCUAUUGACCCACGUCAUCGUUAUGGCCACAACUUGCACUUCUAUUAUGAUGUCUGGUCAGCGAGCAAGAGCUCACAGCCAUUCUUUUACUGGUUGGACAUAGGAGACGGAAAAGAUGUAAAUCUUGAAAAACACCCAAGAAGUGUUCUGCAAAAACAAUGCAUCGCAUAUCUCGGACCAAUGGAGAGAGAAGCAUAUGAAGUGAUAGUGGAAGAUGGGAGACUAUUGUACAAACAAAGCAUGACUCUUAUCAACUCAACUGAGGAAUCAAAGUCGAUCUUUGUACUCAGCACGACUAGAACCUUAUACGUAGGGAAGAAGAAGAAAGGUGCAUUCCAGCACUCUAGUUUCUUAUCUGGAGGAGCCACAACUGCUGCAGGAAGAUUGGUUGCUCGCGAUGGGAUCCUUGAGGCUAUAUGGCCAUAUAGUGGACACUAUCUCCCAACAGAGGAAAACUUCAAGGAGUUCAUAAGUUUCUUGGAGGAACACAAUGUUGAUCUCACCAAUGUUAAGAGAUGUGCUGUGAAUGAAGAAUAUUCGUCCUCAUUCAAAUCCACUCCCGAGGAAGUUAUCUCACAAGAAGUUGAGAUGCCUUCAGAGAAAGCGAGACCAGUGUUUGAUCCUGCCAGGAGACUGUCUUGUAAAUGGUCUAGUGGAUAUGGUCCAAGAAUUGGGUGUGUUAGAGAUUAUCCAAUGGAGCUACAGACACAAGCACUGGAGCAAGUAAGCCUCUCGCCUCGUGUCUCACCAGCUAAUACUUAUGGACCUAUUCCAUCUCCAAGGCCGAGUCCUAAAGUGAGGGUUUCCCCACGGUUAGCUUACAUGGGGAUCCCAAGCCCGAGAGGUGUAAAAUGCUUAAACACACACACACUUCUUUAACUUGUUUUCCAAGGAAGAGUGAGUUAGCAGAUUUUUUUUUAAACGUCCAUCUUUCUUUGUUCUUUUGUAUCUUUUGUAUAUUUCGAUUCUUUAUCACGAUUACUACAUUUUUAUUAGAGUGCUUAUGACUCGUGGGCUUUUGUAUGUUUUACUUUUGAAAUAAGAUGGGAAGUUCAAUUCA